AACUUCCUUCCUGUCAGGCCGAUAGCAGUAUGUUGGGCUGCGGGAGCUUUGAACCACUUUGAACGUUGGUUGAAGUUUAAAUUUGGCGUGUGUACAGAAGCUUCCGUCUCGUACAGUAACAACUCUGCAAAGGCUUCAUAAUUCACCUGCGAAAGUGGUCUACAAUGGACGAGAUUGAAGCGUAUGCAAAGACGCUCGUCAGUCGAACGCAGUGCACGGGGGAUAUGUUACGAGAGGCGUCUCCGACUUCUUCAACGCGGAGGUUUUCCACAAAACGCAACUCGAAAGUUCUGCGUGAAAGCAACGAUGUGGAAAGAAGCAUACCUGAGGAGGAGUCACCAAAGAGAGUUUGUGGUGAUGGUGCUGCGACACUGGUUGACACUAAAGCGAAAGAAAACCAUCCUUCUGAACAAAUGGAUAUAGAUGAAGCAACUGAACUACCGAGAAGCCCAAGCAAGGCACAUGCGGUGAGCGAAAUGAAGGCGAAUUCGGAAAGCAUGUCUGUGGCAGCGAGAAAGGCACUGUUUGAAAAAGCAGUCUCGAAAUCUGGCAGUACACUGCCUCUACCCCGUAAGACUCCUGUGAAGCCUGCACUCAAACAGGUCUUUUCUACUGUGAAGAUGCCCACUGCCAACUUAACUGUUCCUCUAACAACUGCUGUCUCCUUACGGAUUGAAGCCACAGGAGUACACAGUUCAAGGACAUUGAGCCCUGAUGACAAUAGUCCAGACACUAAAGCAGGCAUGUGCACGGAAGUGGGACAGAGACGUCCGACUCCGAGGAAGCUGGUUCGCACUGAGUUGGUAAUAAAACGCAUUGGAAGCGACGAUGAUUCUGGGCUGAUGUCACCUCUGUCAGAGAAGCUUGACGGAUGUGACAGAAAUAGUUAUGUCUCUAUACGUACACCAACAGAUUCUUUUGCUGAAGAUGACACAUCUCAAGACUUGCAGGACAAGAUAUUAUACCCCAGUGUUACUGGCAUUGAUAGCACCACUCAAACGAAUACGGUGAGAACUGGUCAGGAAGGUAGAACUGAGCAAGGAGAACAGACAGAGAAAGGGGAUGGAAAACAUGUUUUGAAACUGAGCUGCACCAGCAUCUUGGAAUCCUCUAGCACCUGGAGUGAUAUUGAGUCCCCAGCUCCUGGUAGCAGCAAUUUUAUGAGAACUAAUGAGCAAUCACCAGCCACUGCCGAUAUCAGCACAGAAGAGAACGCUGACGUAUUUUACCAGAAGGACGAAUGUCCAACACACACCACUGCAACAGAGAGCGCUGACGAAAGCCUGCAUGCCUCAGUAGUCUGUGCUGAUAGCUGCGACACAGAAAAUGAGGAUCAACAUGUUGGCGCUGUCGAGAACGGAGAACAGAGAUCCAUGAGCGUCGAAGAAGCCAAAGUCUUCGACGAGAUCGAUGAGAUCCUCAACGAUGCCCUCGGCAGUGAAUGCAGUGACAGCGGCUCGUACGGGGACAGUAUCUCACACAAGUCUCCUGCAUUAUCUCCAGUGAAAACUGAAUGCCAGGUAUGGUCCCCGGAAAGCACAGACACCAGGUCACUCCCAUGUCCGCAGAAGCCUCCAGCCACUGCCGACAGCAAAUGUCUUCCCCAUACGAUCAGCUUCUACCGGCGACACCAACAGAGCCUCACGCCAAGGAGAAGCGUGACGGAACGGUGCAUCUCACCAGAAGCCACGACGUCAAAACAGAAACAACCUGACGUACCACUCGGUGACAGACUUAGAGCAUUGCAAGAUGAAGUGAUGACACAGCAGAACAUCAUCAGUCAAGCUAGUCAAGCGCUCAACCUCUGUCAAGCUUCAUCGAAAUUUGUCGGUUCUUCUGAGCAGAUUGAGGGAGAACGGGUGCUUCUAAUUGCCACGCAAAGGAGACUGGCUUGCCUCAAUGAAAAGGAGAGGCUUAAAUGGUCAGGGGAUGCCCCUGUGGCCAACCAGCUCAAAGGGAGUUUCAAGGUCGUCAAAAUUGUACUCCAGUUGAAGACAAGUUUUGUGGAGUCGGUCUGCUUAAACAAGCAAGGUGAUGCAGUUUACUAUUUCAUCUGCCUAAUACGAUAUGGGCCCCAAGUAGUUGCAACCCAAGUGCUCUCAACUGAUGAUGUCACAAAUGGAGCGUCCCUCGAAUAUGACAAGGAAGUUAUCUUCAGUGACAUAAUGCAAGAUUUUGAAGUUUUCGUCGACGUGUAUGCUUUAAAAAGCAAGAAACAGGUAAUCCCGCAUGACAAGAAGUACCACACCAUGAAGGACACACUAAGGCUGAAGCUCUCCACAAAAAGCAGGAAAAGCGAUCCAAAACUGUUUUUAUCUCCAGCUGUAUCAAGCCCCGGCGGACCAGAUGCUGUGCGCAGUUCCAGUUUCCAACUUAUGGGUUCAGUUGUGUUGAAUAGUGACGUUUGUGGAGAAAAGGCACUGGUCCUUUCUAAGGUACCUCUGUCAUCACCUUUAGAAGAAAAGAUUAUUUUCACAACUGAGCUCCAUGCAGAUCAUGACAUCGAGCAUAAGGGAUUUUUGACAUUGUUUCAGGAUAUUGGUGGCUUUGGAGCAUGGACGAGGUUAUGGUGUUACUUGAGAGGAAGUGAUAUUGUUUUCUGGAGGUACCCAGACGAAGAACAAGAGAAGGUACCAAUAGACUCUAUCAACCUGAGGCACUGCAUCAGCAAGGACGUGCACAUCCUUCCCUGCAUAGAGUGUGCGAGGCCAAACUCUUUUAAAUUGAUCCUUGUGAGGCCGCUUGAGGAAAAUGAUGUAGACACUAUCACAGUGAAGAAACACUCUACUGUUGCAUCAAUCACGCACCUGUUCUCUGCUGACACAAAGCAAGAAGCCAAGGUCUGGUGCAAGAAGCUUGGCACUGUCCUGUCAUGCAUACGAAAAUGGGACAUUGAGUCCUUCCAGGGACUGGACCUCACACAGCUGGUCUGAGUAUACCUAGUUUUUUUUUUUUCUUAUUUUUACAAAGCUUUUAUUUCCUAUGUUUCUGUAUCAACUAUCAUAUUUUAUAUAUUUCGUAUAGUAAGGAAAUAUGUAUUUUAAUGACAAACUGUGCCAACGAGACAUUAAAAUUUUAUUUUUUGCUGGAA